AUGGCUAAUACCAUGAAUCGCAAUAGGCAGCUCCUCCUCUUCCUGUGCAUCUUCGGUGUUGUUGCUCUCGGGCUGGGGCAUACUUGCUCGGCUUCUGAGGGCAACAGGUCCGUGGACAGCAAGACGAAGGGAAUGCUUCCUGCCUUCAUCAACUUUGCUCUCCGCCCGCUCUCCCACUUGUCCGGCUGCAGCGCGUUUCGCUCCGCGGCGAAGAUCUUUCCCAAGAAGUUCAUCCAGGUGCCUUCGGUGCGGCUCAGGGGAGGAAGAGACCAGCCCUUCACCGUGCAGGCGAGCGCAGCAGCUCCUGUGGCUGAGACCUCGACCAAGAUGAACCCGCUCAUCUCGCUGGAGAUGUUCCCCCGCUACGACCUGGUGUCUGCCGAGCACGUGCUGCCGGCGAUGCAGGAGCUUAUCAAGGAUGCCGAGGGGAGCCUGGCGAAGCUGGAGGCGAGGCUCAAGGAGAGCGGGUAUCAGAUUAAGUGCUCUGAGUUCCUCGGUGAGGUGGAGAAGCUCUCGGACCAUGUCGAGCGUUCGUGGGGAGUGGUGCAGCACCUAAAGGGGGUGCGGGACAACGACGCGCUUCGCAAGGCUGUGGAGGAGGCGCAGCCAGCAGUGGUGCAAAUGAACCUGAAGCUGAUGCAGAACGAGGCCCUGUUCAACACGUUCAAGGCGAUCAAGGAGAGCAAGGAGUUCCAGACGCUCUCCCCUGCCCAGAAGAGAAUCGUGGAGACCUCCAUCCGGGACGCCGAGCUGUCCGGGGUUGCCCUCAAGGGGGAGGAGAAGAAGCGCUACAACGAUCUGCAGCAGGAGCUCGCGACUCUGAGCACCAAGUUCAGCAACAACGUUCUUGACAGCACCAAGGCCUUCUCUGUCCGCCUGGAGAAGAAGGAGGAGGUUGCCGGGCUGCCUGCGAGCUCGCUUGCUCUCGCUGCUCAGACAGCCAAGAGCAAGGGAGACAAGGAUGCGACGCCGGAGGAGGGGCCCUGGGUGUUCACGCUGGACAUGCCUUCCUACCUGGCGGUACAGCAGCAUGCGAAGGACCGCUCGCUGCGGGAGAAGAUGUACGAGCAGUACAUCACCAGGGCCUCCAAAGAGGGUCUGGACAACACGCCAAUCAUCAACAAGAUUCUUGCUCUUCGACAAGAGACGGCAAAGCUGCUCGGCAAGAGGCAUCAUGCUGAUGUCAGCACUGCGAGCAAGAUGGCCACGUACGAGAGCGCGAUGAAGCUGCUCAAGGUUUGCAAUCAGUCUCCUCCUGUAGGCGACAAGCCUUCCCUGAUGACUUUCCGUGAAGUCGAGACUCUCUUCCAUGAGUUCGGCCAUGCUCUCCAGCACAUGCUCACGUCCGAGGAUGAAGGCCUGGUGGCAGGAAUCCGAGGAGUUGAGUGGGAUGCUGUGGAGACGCCAUCCCAGUUUAUGGAGAACUGGUGCUACGACAAAGCUACCAUCGACAAGCUCGCGGUACAUUACGAGACGGGAGAAAAGAUGCCAGAGGAGCUCUGGCAGAAGAUCAAGGCAGCCAAGAACUUUCGCUCUGGCUCGAUGAUGCUCCGACAGCUCCAGUUUGCCGUCACGGACCUCGAGCUUCACUCCAACUUCGAUCCUUCAGUUGCCGAACAACCGGGCAAAAGUGUCCACGAUCUUUACAGAGGUAAUAAGCAUUGCCCUCAAAAAUUUCAAUGCGAUGAAAAGGAGAUUGGUAUCAAGACCAACCUCCAUUACCAGUGA